CGCGCACGAGCAUCCGCAAGAUGUUUUAUUUAUGCCCUCGUUACGAUUUUUGUCGCGAGGCGAAGGUGUCAUCGUGAAUUUCGCUUUGUUCUAAUGUCGUCGAAUGAACACGGAGGAAGUUGCACGAUGGAUCAUUCGUUUGAAUGGAAGGUGGUGGUAAUUCGAGAGAUGAAGAAGUGGGUGGUCCACGGAGUUCGCAGCCGGCUUCAACUAAAAAGUUGCAACAAACACAAGCAACUGUUGAUGAAGUUGUGGGAAUAAUGAAAGUUAACGUGGAGAAAGUAUUGGAAAGAGAUCAAAAGCUGUCUGAAUUGGAGAAUCGUGCUGACGCUUUGCAGCAGGGAGCAACUCAGUUUGAGCAACAAGCAGGAAAAUUAAAAAGGAAAUACUGGUGGAAAAAUCUUAAAAUGAUGAUCAUCAUUGGUAUUAUAUGCGUGCUCAUUCUUAUUAUCAUCAUCGUUUCAACCGUGUCAGGUUCAUCGAGUUCUGACAAUCCCUCUAAGUGAUUGCAUUGUAUCAAAUGGGAUAUAAUGCUCUGGAAUUGUUAAUUUAUGUCUAACAGUCAAAGUUAAUUCCAGCAGAGUAAGUGGUAAGCGUGCACAAAGUUAGAGAUAAUAUAUGAUGGUUGUAAAAACACACGAUUCACACGUUAUGUCCAAACGAAUUGCUAUCUAAUUAAUACGGGAAAAAAGGGUGAAAAAGGAAAAGAAAUAUAUGUAUAUUUUUGAGAUUUAAACUUAUUCAAACGCACAAUUUAUUAGACUAAUUACAGUAUUAAUAAUGGGUGGCCUUUCCGUAAAUCUGUGAACGGACAAUACAUUUCAUAAUGUUAUCUUGUUAUGAUGCUUAUUGUACAUUUAUUAUCGAUAUAUAAUAUAUAAUAUAACGUUUAUACUUUUUUC